CUCUAUGCCCGGCUCGCUUUACGGCCGCGAGUCCGUGAUCCGCUUCCGGGCAGAGAGUUGACGGAGGGGGCCGGUUCGGCGGUGGGUUCCUUGUAGCCCGGAGACGUGACGCUUCUGGCUUUGCGAUGGGGAGAAGCCGAUUGUGACAUUCUCUCCGCUCCCUCCCGCCCCCUCCUCCCUUGCCCGGACAAAGCGGGCCCCUCCAGGCCUGCCGGGAUGGAGGAAGAGAGCAUGGAGGAGGAGGGGGGCGGCGGCGGCGGCGGCGGCGGCGGCAGCAUCAGUAGCAGCAGCAGCAGCUACGAGGCCUUCAUGGACGACCAGAACCACAACAACUGGGAUCCUGCGGCGGGAGGCCCAGGCGGAGCCUACGGACUGUCCCCUUCGCCCUGUCCGGGAGAGUCCCGUGGGCACAGCGUAGCCGAGGAGCUGGAGAUCCACAUGAUGUCCGAGGCUGCCGUCAACGGGCCGGGGAAGGGCUGCGAAGCGCCGGGAAAAGGAGGGGCUGCUGCCGCCGCCGCCGCCGUGGCCGCCAGCAUUAAUCUCAACAUCAACCCUUCGGCCUCGAAGUUUUUAAUGAAUGUUAUAACAAUAGAAGAUUAUAAGAGCACAUAUUGGCCAAAGUUGGACAGUGCCAUAGAUCAGCUUUUAACUCAGAGUCUUGGUGACUAUAUUCCCAUUUCCUAUGAACAAAUAUACAGUUGUGUGUAUAAAUGUGUGUGCCAGCAGCAUUCGGAACAGAUGUAUAGUGACCUAAUAAAAAAGAUAACUAACCACUUAGAGAGAGUCUCAAAGGAGCUGCAGGCCAGCCCUCCAGAUCUCUACAUUGAAAGAUUUAACAUAGCACUUGGGCAGUAUAUGGGAGCAUUACAGAGCAUUGUGCCUCUUUUCAUAUAUAUGAAUAAAUUUUACAUAGAAACCAAGCUUAACCGAGAUUUAAGAAAUGAUCUUAUAAAACUGUUUACGGAACAUGUUGCAGAAAAGCACAUUUACAGCCUGAUGCCUUUACUUCUAGAAGCUCAGUCCACACCUUUCUGGAUAAACCCUUCUACAAUGGCAAACAUUGUCAAAGGAUUAUACAUGCUUAGGCCAGAAUGGGUUCAGAUGGCACCAGCUUUAUUUUCUAAAUUUAUUCCAAACAUCCUUCCUCCUGCUGUAGAAUCUGAGCUUGGAUAUGCUGCUCAGGACCAGAAACUUCAACAAGAACUUAUUCAAGAGGGAUUUUCCAGAGGUGACCAAUCACGUAAGCGAGCUGGAGAAUUAACCUAUAAUGGUUCAGCAUCAUGUGCGAGCUCAAGAGGAUGCAGAUAGUAACUCUACUAGAAACCUGUCCAAUUGGAGAGGACUUUGGAAUGGCAUUGGAAGGGAGGGUAGCCUGAGACUCAGUCAGGUUGUUCUGAUACUCAGGUCUUCGAUGCACUAUACCUAGAAGAGGUGUUUGGACUUAUUUCUUGCCAUGUAAUAAAAUGUCUGUUUGCUGCUAUUUGGGCUACUUUGGAACAAUGUGAUCAAUCUUGAAAAGAGGUGGGUUUUUUUUUAAUGAUUCUCGUGACGACUGUAUCUUUUUGAGAUUUGGUUUAUAAAGAUCAUUAAAUGCUAAAAGUUGAUAGCCAAGAAGAGCAACUUCCUCUGAAAGGAUUUUAGAGUGGUGUUGUUGUUUUGUUCUCUGUUUUUAGUAGAUUUUUUUUUUUUGCACUUUCUGAUAUGUGACUAUGCUGUUGGAAAUCUGUGCCGUUAGAUUUUGUUCAGAAUGUUUGGUCGGUAAAUAGUGAACAUUUAAACAGUAUUUCCAUCUCGGGGGAAAAAACACCAAGGUUUGUCUUUGAAGGCCAGUCAUAGGCCUGACUCUUCCCAUUCCAGAUAAUUCAUCUGCUUAAUCCCUCAAUAGUACAGACCACAAAAUGUAUCUUAAAACUGUGAUUUGAUUAAACAUGCUGCAAAGUUGCCAGAUUUUCUUACCUUCUUUGAUUACAUUUAGGAAAAUAAAAAUCAAGAUGCAUUUUAA